CACACAAAAAUAUAUUUAGAGUGCAUCAACUGUUACAAAAAUACAAUCGCAUUUUGCAUUUGCUUUACAGGAACAAGCCGAUGGCAAAGAUGAAGCUUGUUGUUUUUCUGGCUUUUUUGGCAUCAUUAGUCGUUGCUGACUUACUUAUUCUUCGAGAUCGUCUGACACCGGCAACAAUGGAAUUCACCGAAAACAUCAAAAGAUCGUGUACCAGCAUUGAUAUCAUCCCAGGAUCAGAUCCCAACUUCAACAUUACCUAUAUGAUUGAAAUGACUUGCAGGAAGCAAAACAUGCGCCAAAAGAGGUUCACGGAAUACUUUCCAGUUUUGAGUUGGCUUCUGAAACAGCACAAUAGCCGCAACAUGGAAAAAGAAGAUCAAAAAUAUAUCGAUAUGUUGGAAUUUUCAGACAAGAUGCUAUACCUCGAAGAAGUUCUAGAAAUGCCAAGUAUCAAUCUGCCGUUUGACGACAUCGCAAAUCUUAUCAACUGGAAUGGAACUGAAAUUAUUCGCUAUUUCAAUUAUCCGUUGGGAAAAAUUGAGGACGCGUGGGCGGCAUUGGCAAAAAGAACUCUGCAAUGUGACAAAGCAAAUCGACUUGAAAUGAUAGUUUGUGGAAAUUUCAAUCCAACGAGAAGAAUGGGGUUGCACAAAAUAGUCGCCUCAAUUGGUCAUUUCUCAUCACUCGGGACGGUGUUCAAAUAUCGAAACAUUUCUACACACGCGGUGUUGUACGAUGGCAAAUUAUUUUCAAUGGAUUCCUGUCGUUUUCUGAAAAAUUACUACGAAUGCCAAAUAUCUCGGAAUACUACUUGCACGGUUACCAGCCCCGAAAAUUGUCCGGUCGAGGUUGUGAUGGCUCCUACUAAAGUUUUUGUUAGAGAAUAUGUUGGUGAUUAUAGUGUUGUCGCAGCAGUCGCAGAAGCUUAUCAAACAAUGAUUCAUGGACAUUAUUCAACUCAUCAAAUGGGCAUCUCGCAGCACGUUUCUUUAUUGCUCCCAAUUGGUUCGUAUGCAAAAUUCAAUAACGUCAAAGUUUUUGGAAAAUCACUUAAUGCGUUCGAUCAUUUUGCAGUUAACACAGAGGCGGACCACCUCCCAGUGAGCCAUGAAGAUCUCGAUAAACUGGAAGCCAAUUAUGGAAACACUGAAGAGGUCCUCAGGCAUCGUGCACUUCUCAAAUCAGAGUUCUCACAGUUCCUCGACAGAAACUUGAUGUUAAUAAUCAUCCUUCUUACUAUUGUUUUUCUUGUUACUGUGACCAUUGCUGGAGUCAGCAUUACAUUGCGCAAAAAGAAUUUCCAAUCACUCCCAGUGGUUCUGUAUUCUAACAAUAAGGUCACUAUUAUUCAAUAAUUAUAUUUUAAUUAUGUUUUUAUCGUUGUUAACUUACAUGACUAGUUGUUUUAUUAAGUAAUAAUAAAGUUACAAUUGUUA